AUGGCAGCAAAAGAGUGGCAAAAUAUUAGAAAACAAAAUGAAGUUGAUAUUGACAAAGUAAUUAUCCAAUAUCUAAACAUGCCUCUAAAUCUUCAAGGUGUUUUUUGUCCUAUGAUGCCUCAAUCACAAACUUCUACAGAUGGUAAUUCUUCACCUACAAUUGCAAUUUCUAAUACAAUUUCUACUACUCAAUUACCUGAAAAUAAUAUAGAGGAAAUUCGCUCUAAUACUAUAGCACAAAAAAAAGCGAUUGAAUCUCAAACACAAAAAAUUAAUAAAUUAAAAAGAAAUGCAAUGUAUCAGUUUAAAUAUAGAGACAAAAAACGUAAAACAUUAGAAGAACAAAAUGAAGUAGUCAGAUAUGACCAACUAGGUAGACCUUUAUUGUUAAUACAACAUCCUGAUUUGCUUUAUAAUAUUCAUGAUUCAGUUGAAUAUAGAGCAGCUGAUAUACGUAGGCGAAAGGAAGCAAUAAAAGUUAGAAUUGUAAAUCAUCUUUGCCAGAAUCUUGAAGAAAAUUACAAUAUAUAUAUGUGCAGGUCUUCUCUAAAUAAUUAUCUUUUGUCUCAGCGAUCAAAUUCAAUUACUGCAAAAGCACAUCAUCACCCUGCUUGGGUUGUUGUUGCUGGAGUUUCAUAUGAUGAAACGAAAGAACAUCAGGAUAAGCACUAUUGUCUGGCUUCUGUCAAAGGAGCAAAGCAAUUUGCUAAAACUUUUGCAAAUAUGUCAAUUAUAAUAUCUCAGGAUGAUAAAUCUAAAAUUGGUCUUGGUGUACCUGCUGUGGGUAAAACUUUUUGUACUUUGCAAUCAAUUGCUAAGCCACCAGAUAAAUCAAAUGACAAUCUUUGCUCUGGACAAUUAGCAAUAUUUGUUCGUCUUCAAUGGUCAUUAGGCACAUCAUCUGCAACACAUAUAGAAGAUCUUUCUUUUCUCGUAUCAAAUGUGCAGUAUACUGAAGCUUUAACAAUAAAUAGUAGUGCAAAACCAAUUUGA